UGCUGCCAGUCUCCUACUCUGCCAUGCCAUUCAUUUUAUGAGAUAAGCCCCUGAGCCCCUUGGCUGCUCCCACACACAAAGUAAUGGCAAUCGCAAGCUCAGCUCUACUCAGUACAUGCUCUCUCCCACGUGCGCACACGGCGCAUCGCGUCGCUUCCCCUCCCAAUCUUCUGCCGAAAUCCGACAACAACUCCGUUAUCCCCGGCCGUAGACAGUUACUAUUUCUUCUAACGUCGUCAACGGCGACACUAACGGGUAAUGGAAUGAGGGCAAUGGCACAAGACAUUCCACUUUUCGGUCUGAGGAAGAAGCUGAAGAAGGCAGAGGAGGAAGCAGAGGAGAUUGUGAAAGAGGGAAUUGAGGCGGCGGAGAAGGGCUUGGAGACGGCGGAGAGAGGAAUUGAAACGGCAGAGAAGGAGAUUAUAGCCGUGGAGGCAGAAGCCGGAUUUGUUUUUGGCGGUUUUGCACAGGCUGGAGUGGUAGCCGGAGCUGAAUUCGUUGGUGUUCUAGUUGCGACUUCUGUUGUUAAUGGAAUUCUCGGACCCCAAGGUCAGAAACCGUAGUCAGAACUUAGGAGCGAAGUCGUGGUACCGGGUUACGACUCUUUUGGCUAUUGGUAAUAUCUCUGACUCUCUCUGGAGGGUGUUCUUAGGUUUUUCUGUUUUAAUUUUUUAUUUAUUUUUAUGGAGUUUCUUAUAUGGUUUUUCUUUAUACUUUUUGCUCUCUUUUCUUAAGUUGUUUUUGUUUUUGAUAGUAUUUUGGGAUUGAAAUUACAUUAUUAUUUUUUAUUAUUUUAUAUUGAUUUUAUUACUUCUUGUAAGCAUAAAAAGGUUCUCCAUGGUAGUAAUCAUAAUCCCAAGCUGAAACUCAUCCUAUGGGAGUGAUGACUUUAGAUGUCUACUUUGCAAAAGUUAUCUUGGAGUUUA